UUCUGUGCAGCUCAGCAGCGUUGACACAUGGAUUUACUAAAUCGCCGUUGAUUUGUAUUUGUUAUAAACAUGUCGUUUAAAGCAGUGAAAGCGGAGUGUUCGGAUUUCAGUCCAACAUUUAAUUCUCAUAGUAGUCGCGCUAAAACCGACAAAGAAAACAACUCUUCAAUACCCGUCCUGAGUUUGGUACAGUUUUCAAGAGCUCCUUUCGUGUCAUUUGGGACGAUCAAGUUAGGAUCGUCAAAAUCUCUGCCCUUACGAAUCGAAAAUCCCACCGAGGAUGCAACAACGACAGUCAGAGUGGAUAAAAUCUCAGCAUCCAAAGGCUUUUCAAUUGAUCAGACUUAUUUUACAAUACAGCCUGAGGACAGUGUUAUUUUAACUGUCACUUGGACACCAGUUGAAGAAGGUGGGGUUCGAGAACUCCUCACCUUUGUUGCAAAUGGCAUUGUCAAACAUCAAGCAAUACUGCUUGGAAAAGCAGAGGUGACAAAAAAGAAAAAGAAAACCCUAUGGGAUUCAAUUAAAUCCAAGAGGGGGUUUCCUGCACCCUCAAAAGAAAAAAAAGUGGCUUCGAUGUCAAUAAAGGCAGCGAACAAGACAUUUCACGUGUCUCGCCAGUCGCAAUACAGCAAGGGUAGAACAUCAAACCCAUUGUCACCAUUAAACCAGGAAAUGUCUGCCAAUGGCGGUAAUGUUGUCGUUGUGAACACGCCAUUGUCCUCUCCAUACAUUUCAAAACCGGCCUUUGUAACAGAGGCUUUUGAUGAUCUGCAUUUACAAAAGAACUCGCCUGUUGUCGUUUUAGUAUCAGCUGACAAAUUGCUUGGUACACCUGAUAAAAAGGAUGCGCCUUGUUCACGUAAAGCAGAGUGCAAAGAGAUCACAAGGGUUUUGAAUAAAACACUUUCUCCUAUUAGCACCCCAGAGAGGUUUAGAAAUGCAUUGGCAUUGCGCAUUCAGAGUCCACUUCCUGUGAUUGAAAAAUGUACACAAGAUGAACGGCAAGAACCAGAGAAACCAUCUCUGUCUGUGAAAGAUGCUCUCGAUGUUAUAGGAUCAAAUCUUUCGCAUGCAGUGAGCCCUCCAAAUGCAUGCUCAAGCUUUGACUUUUCUGAUUCUCUUGAGUUUGAAAAGCUGGAUCCAGAAUCUGUUCGUGAAACAUCAUUUAGAGCCACUGUGGACAUUUCCCCACCAGUUAAAGCUCCUCACCCGAGAUUGACUUACUGUGUGAAACCCAACAAAGCCAUAGGAACAGAAUCAAAUCAUGACCAAUUUUGGCUCAAGACGUUACCUUUAAACACCUCUACAGUGACCAAGUUGAAUAAAGUGGAUUAUGCCAUUGAGCCUGAAGAUUUGAGGCCCACGAAGGUUCCUAUUAAUUCUACCACAGUGACCAAAAGCAAGGCAGAAGUCUCUGAGAGUCCGGCCUUGCGUAAAAAGAAGACCUCCAGGCGAAGACUCCUAGAGAAGACUGUGGAGCUCUCGGAACCUAGUAAUGCAGAAUCCAACACAAGCUCUCCGGAGAGCAUCUCUGCUCUACCCAUCAUUCACUCUGAUUCGAGUUCAGAUGUAGCCACUGAAUCCAAAACCCCUGUAACUUUAAUGCAGGUUACAACAGAGAAGCCAACCUUGUAUUUAUCUCCUUGUUCUGAACACAUUUUGUCAUCCAUUUCACCCAUACGUUCUCAGCCUGAAGUUUUGCCUUGCUUUAGUCAGACUCCAACAACAAGUCUGGAAUUGGCAAUGGAUAAAGUCUCUGACAAAGUGCCUUCAGGUCUUUGUUUGGAUCAGUUUCCUGUGCAUUGCAAGACAUUAGUGCCGAGUAAAAAAAGAAAAAGUGAUGAAUUUUUGAGAGAUCACUCCGAAGACACAUCAACUUUCCAAGCAAAAAAGUGCCGUGCCCAGGCACAUGCAACAGAGCCUAAGAAGGCGAGCCGAAAGAAAACGUUCACUUCAAAGUCUACGUCUGGACAGCAACAUCGAAAACCUAUAGCUCCACCAAGCUCAAGAAAGUUCACAAAACCUCCACCUAAGACAUCAUGUCCAAAUACCAUUCCAAAUGACGGUCCAUCUGUGAAGUCACUCAGUAACUCGACCCGAAAGCCUGCAAAGAUAGUGGCUGUGGCGCAGGCCAAACUGACCUUUAUGAAACCAACCCAGACAGCCAUACCAAGGCAUCCAAUGCCAUUUGCUGCAAAGAACAUGUUUUAUGAUGAACGAUGGAUUGAGAAGCAGGAAACGGGCUUCACCUGGUGGAUGAAUUAUGUUCUCACUCCUGAUGACUUCAAAGUUGCUACUGAAGUUACCAAAGUUAAUGCUUUGUCCUUAACUAUGGGAAAUGAAAAAUUCAACAUCCCCAAGGCACCAACAAAGGAGGAGAUGUCUUUUAGAACAUACACAGCCCGUCAGAGACUAAACCGUCUACGGAGAGCAGCUUGCAAGCUUUUCACAUCAGACACCAUGGUGAAGGCCAUCCAGAGACUGGAACUUGAGGUCGAAGCCAAGAGGCUUCUUGUGCGGAAGGACCGGCAUCUCUGGAAGGACAUAGGUGAGCGUCAAAAAGUUCUCAAUUGGCUUGUAUCAUACAAUCCACUUUGGUUACGAAUCGGACUUGAGACAAUCUAUGGAGAGCUGAUAUCACUUGAAAGCAACAGUGAUGUUAUGGGACUGGCCAUGUUCAUUCUUGGACGUCUGCUCUGGAAUCCAGACAUAGCCGCAGAGUUCAGACACCCUAAAGUUCCCCAUUUGUACAGAGAUGGCCAUGAGGAGGCGCUUUCUCGCUUCACUCUAAAGAAACUUAUUCUGCUGGUCUGCUUUCUGGAUAAAGCCAAAGAGUCCAGACUGAUUGAGCAUGAUCCUUGUUUGUUCUGCAUGGAUGCUGAAUUUAAGUCAAGUAAAGAUCUGCUCCUGGCUUUCUCACGAAACUUCCUCAGUGGUGAAGGGAUUUUGUCACGUCACGUCAGCCACCUGGGCUUAGCGGUGUCCCACGUUCAGACACCUUUGGAUGAGUUCAACUUUGCAGUGAAGAAUCUUGCUGUUGACUUGAGAUGUGGCAUUCGUUUGGUGCGUGUCAUGGAGCUCUUCACACUGGACUGGACUUUGUCUAGAAAGCUCCGGAUACCUGCUAUUAGCCGCCUGCAGAAGGUGCACAAUGUUGAAGUUGCACUGCAGGUGCUGAAAAGCAAAGGUGUAGACCUUAAAGAUGAGCAUGGAACGACCAUUGACUCCAGAGACAUUGUGGAUGGACACAGGGAAAAGACCCUGAACCUUCUGUGGAAAAUCAUCUUCACCUUCCAGGUGGAAGUGCUUCUUGAUGAGAAUAAGCUCAAAGAGGAAAUCAGUUUCCUUCGGAAAACCUGGAGAACAAAACAGAAGUUGGCCUCACUAAUGGCUAACAAAUGUGUUGUGUCGAGAAUGAAGGCCAGACAACCUUUUGAACAUCCCAGCCAGAAAGUAACACUGCUGUUGGACUGGGUCAAUGCUGUUUGUGAGUUCUACGAUUUAAAGGCUGAAAACUUUACAGUGUCAUUCUCAGAUGGUCGUAUUCUUUGCUACCUCAUUCAUCAUUACCACCCCGGUCACCUCCCUGCUGCGGAAAUUCAACAGAGAACGACACAGACCAUAGAAUGUGGUCAUCGCGGCAGAGUGGAGCUUAAUUACUCCUCUAGCGACUCUGACAGCUCCUUUGAUAUCUUGCACACGAUGCAAGCUGAAUCCCUGUCAGUGGACUUCAGAGAGCUUCUUGAGAAUGAAAGAAAUAAUUUUCAUUUAGUGAACAGUGCUGUUUCUUUUCUUGGAGGAGUCCCUGCCAUGAUAAAUCCAGAGGAUAUGUCCAACACAAUCCCAAAUGAAAAGGUGGUCACAUGUUACCUCUCCUUCCUUUGUGCUCGUCUCCUGGAUCUCCGCAAUGAUACUAGAGCAGCCCGUGUCAUCCAGGGCGCAUGGAGACGAUACAAGCUACAGAAAGACAUUGAGCUUAUUCAGCAAAAGAACCUGGCUGCCAGUAAAAUCCAGGCACUUGUGCGGACGUUCAUUGUGAGAAAAAGGCUGAUCCGACAGAAAAAGGCAGCUGUCAUGAUCCAGGUCUUCUGGAGAGGAUACGCUGCACGAGAGAAGUUGAGAGUGCUAAAACAAGAGAGACAUUUUGCCAUUCAAAAUGCAGCUGCAACUGUAAUUCAGAAAAAAUACAAAGCUUGGAAUAUUCAAACUCUCCUGAAGAAAAAUCAUGCUGCUUCUCUGAUCCAAGUGGCAUUCCGGAAGUGGCAUGCAAAAAAAGUGAUGGAAAGAAACACUGCGGCCUUGCGGAUUCAAUCAUGGUACCGAAUGCAGUGUGGUAAAAAACAUUACCUUGAGAUGAAAAGCAAAGCAAUCUGUAUUCAAGCAUGGUUUAGAGGUCACUGUCAAAAACGCAAGUUUGAGACAUUAAAGAAAAGGCAUCAUGCUUCAGUAGUCAUUCAGAGUGCAUACAGGUCCUACCUUGUGAGGCAACAGAUAUCUAAAAUGAAGCAAAGUACAGUCUUGAUUCAGAGGUGGUUUCAUGCCUGCAUGCUUAGGAAAUCAGAGCAAAAGAGGUAUCUGGAGCUUAAAUCUGCAGUUACCACUCUGCAAUCAGCUGUCCGUGGAUGGAAGGUCCGCAGAACAGUUGCUCAACGCCAGCAAGCUGCACUUCUGAUUCAAAGUGCUUUCAAGAGGCUUUUGGCUCAAAGGCACUUUAUGUCUUUGAAAAGAUCGGCCAUCAUUCUACAACAGAGAUACAAAGCUAAAUUACUUGGAGUCAAGAUAAGACAGGAGUAUAUUGCUCUUAAACUCGCCUCAGUAACAAUCCAAGCAAUGUGGCGAGGACGAGCUGAGAGGAGGAAGAUCGAUCAGCUCCACACAUGCGCCAAGAUCAUUCAGUCACACUAUCGUAGAUAUGUGGCUCAGACACAGUUUUUGGAAAUGAAACAGGCUGCCAUAGCCAUUCAAAGACAAUACAGAGCUCUCAAAGAAGGACAGAAAGUGUACGCAGAAUACACUGAAAUUAAAAGAGUGGCCAUUGUGCUUCAGAGUGCUUAUCGUGGCAAGAGAUUACGACAAGAGCUGCAGAAGAAGAACAAAGCAGCCACUUUGAUUCAGUCAGCGGUGAGAGCGUAUAGUUGCAGGCAGAGGUACUUUGCUCAAAAAAGUGCUGCUAUUACCAUUCAACGAAACUAUCGGGCUUUUGCGCUUGGACAGUGUCAAAGAGACCAUUUCAUCCACUUGAGGCAGGCCACUGUAACACUCCAGGCCAUAUACCGUGGCUCCAAAGUGAGACGAAAUCUAAGACGUGAGCAUCAAGCUGCUACUAUCAUUCAAGCUCAGUUCCGAAUGCAUAAAGUACGCGUGGCCUUUCUUGCUGCAAAGUGUGCAGCUAUCGUUAUACAGCAACAAUACAGAGCAUACAGAAUUGGAAAAUGCACGCAAGCUACAUACAUGCAGAUGAAAAAUGCAGCCGUUGUGCUUCAGAGUGCUUAUCGUGGUAAGAGAUCACGACAAGAGCUGCAGAAGAAGAACAAAGCAGCCACUUUGAUUCAGUCAGUGCUGAGAGCUUAUAGUAACCGACAGAGGUUCUUAGCUCAAAAACGUGCUGCUAUUGUCAUUCAACAAAGUUAUCGGUCUUUUGCACUUGGACAGUGUCAAAGAGACCAUUUCAUUCACUUGAGGCAGGCCACUGUAAUGCUCCAGGCCAUAUACCGUGGCUCCAAAGUGAGACGAAAUCUAAGACGUGAGCAUCAAGCUGCUACUAUCAUUCAAGCUCAGUUCCGAAUGCAUAAAGUACGCGUGGCCUUUCUUGCGGCAAAGUUUGCAGCUAUCGUUAUACAGCAACAAUACAGAGCAUACAGAAUUGGAAAAUGCAUGCAAGCUACAUACUUGCGGAUGAAAAAUGCAACCGUUGUGCUUCAGAGUGCUUAUCGUGGCAAGAGAUUACGACAAGAGCUGCAGAAGAAGAACAAAGCAGCCACUUUGAUUCAGUCAGCGGUGAGAGCGUAUAGUUGCAGGCAGAGGUACUUUGCUCAAAAAAGUGCUGCUAUUACCAUUCAACGAAGCUAUCGGGCUUUUGCGCUUGGACAGUGUCAAAGAGACCAUUUCAUUCACUUGAGGCAGGCCACUGUAACGCUCCAGGCCAUAUACCGUGGCUCCAAAGUGAGACGAAAUCUAAGACGUGAGCAUCAAGCUGCUACUAACAUUCAAGCUCAGUUCCGAAUGCAUAAAGUACGCAUUGCCUUUCUUGCAGCAAAGUUUGCAGCUAUCGUUAUACAGCAAAGGUACAGAGCAUACAGAAUUGGAAAAUGCACGCAAGCUACAUACAUGCAGAUGAAAAAUGCAGCCGUUGUGCUUCAGAGUGCUUAUCGUGGCAAGAGAUUACGGCAAGAGCUGCAGAAGAAGAACAAAGCAGCCACUUUGAUUCAGUCAGUGCUGAGAGCUUAUAGUAACCGACAGAGGUUCUUAGCUCAAAAACGUGCUGCUAUUGUCAUUCAACGAAGCUAUCGGUCUUUUGCACUUGGACAAUGUCAAAGAGACCAUUUCAUUCACUUGAGGCAGGCCACUGUAAUGCUCCAGGCCAUAUACCGUGGCUCCAAAGUGAGACGAAAUCUAAGACGUGAGCAUCAAGCUGCUACUAUCGUUCAAGCUCAGUUCCGAAUGCAUAAAGUACGCGUGGCCUUUCUUGCGGCAAAGUGUGCAGCUAUCAUUAUACAGCAACAAUACAGAGCAUACAGAAUUGGAAAAUGCAUGCAAGCUACAUACUCGCGGAUGAAAAAUGCAGCUGUUGUGCUUCAGAGUGCUUAUCGUGGCAAGAGAUUACGACAAGAGCUGCAGAAGAAGAACAAAGCAGCCACUUUGAUUCAGUCAGUGGUGAGAGCGUAUAGUUGCAGGCGGAGGUACUUUGCUCAAAAAAGUGCUGCUAUUACCAUUCAACGAAGCUAUCGGGCUUUUGCACUUGGACAGUGUCAAAGAGACCAUUUCAUUCACUUGAGGCAGGCCACUGUAAGGCUCCAGGCCAUAUACCGUGGCUCCAAAGUCAGACGAAAUCUAAGACGUGAGCAUCAAGCUGCUACUAACAUUCAAGCUCAGUUCCGAAUGCAUAAAGUACGCAUUGCCUUUCUUGCGGCAAAGUUUGCAGCUAUCGUUAUACAGCAAAGAUACAGAGCAUACAGAAUUGGAAAAUACGUGCAAGCUACAUACUUGCAGAUGAAAAAUGCAGCUGUUGUGCUUCAGAGUGCUUAUCGUGGCAUGAGAGUGCGGCAAGAGCUGCAGAAGAAGCACAAAGCAGCCACUUUGAUUCAGUCAGUGUUGAGAGCUUAUAGUAACCGACAGAGGUUCUUAGCUCAAAAACGUGCUGCUACUAACAUUCAAGCUCAGUUCAGAAUGCAUAAAGUACGCAUUGCCUUUCUUGCAGCAAAGUUUGCAGCUAUUGUUAUACAGCAAAGAUACAGAGCAUACAGAAUUGGAAAAUGCAUGCAAGCUACAUACUCGCGGAUGAAAAAUGCUGCUGUAGUAAUUCAGUCAGCAUUCAGGGGAAUGGAAGUUCGAAAUCAUUUGCGAAAAACGCACCAAGCUGCAACAGUGAUUCAGGCAAAUUUCAGAGGGCGUUCCCAACUCAAAAAGUACAGAAGACAGCAGUGGGCCACACUGGUUUUACAACAGCGAUUCAGGGCAAUCGCGACAAAAAAUGCUGCCAUGAAACAAUAUGCAGCUAUGAAAACUUCUUCACUGUGUAUCCAGUCAGCUUUCCGUGGAAUGAUGGUUAGGAAGCAGAUUGCAGAAAAGCACAAAUCUGCAAUAAUUAUCCAGAAGACCUACAGAGUGUAUAAACAACGCCGUGAUUUCCUUUCUCUCAGAAGUGCCACCAUCCGUAUUCAGGAACGGUACAGAGCAGCUUUAAGUGCAAGGCAACAACGUAAAAGGUAUUGCUGCUUGCGAGCAGCUGCCAUCACUUUGCAGUCUGUGUAUCGAGGAAAGAAGAUAAGAAAUGAGAUCAAUAAAAGACAUAAAGCGGCCACUGUGAUUCAGGCACAAUACCAAAUGUAUAGAACUAGAGUGACAUUCCAAGCCAUGAGACUAGCUGCAAUGGUCAUACAGAGACAAUACAGGUGCUAUCUACUCAGAAGAGAGGCAAGGGAGAACUUUUUGCAGCUGCGGCGUAGUGCAACAGUAAUUCAGGCUGUUUACAGAGGAAAUCGUACACGGCGUGAUAUUGCUAAAAUGCAUUUUGCUGCCACAGUCAUUCAAAGGAAGUACCUUGCCUACAAAGAAAGGAAGUGCUUUUUGUCCAUCCGAGCCGCUGUUGAAUUCUGUCAAAGGCGCUAUCGAUCCAUUUUGGUAGCAAAACAAGAUCGGAGAGAUUAUGUUGCUAAACGGCACGCUAUUGUUGUAAUCCAGGCAGCUUUCAAAGGAAUGAAGGUCCACCAACAGGUCUGCAAAGAACGUGAGGCUGCAACAAUCAUUCAGUCCCAUGUUAGAAAGCACAUCCUCAAGGUGCGCUUCAAGAGACUUUGGUGGGCAGUUAAAGUUGUUCAACUGCGUUUCAGAGCUAACAAAAUAAUGAGGCAAGAGAUGGCAGCAUUGAAAGAAAAGAAGAAUGCUGCUGUGGUUCUACAAGCAGCAUAUCGUGGCAUGAAGUUCCGACAGACUUUGAAGCAAUUGCAUCAUAGUGCCACCGUCAUCCAGACAACUUUUAGGGGUUGUAGUGCUCGUAAGCGUUAUUUAGCCCUGAAAAAUGCUGCCAUUGCUAUUCAGCAAAGAUAUCGUGCCAGACAGCAAAGAAAGCACUUUCUGGAAAUGCGCCAUGGUGCACUUCUUAUGCAAGCAUGGUAUAGAGGUUAUAAUGUUAGGAGGACUCUACUACUUCAGCAUCAGGCAGCUGUCUUGAUUCAGUCUUAUUUUAGAAAACACAAAGUGAUGGUUAAGUACCAGGCCAUGAGAUUGUCCGCUAUCAUUAUCCAGAUCCAUUACAGGUCAUACAUCCAGGCUAGAGCAGAUCGGGAGAACUAUCUACGGUUGAGAAGGUCUAUCAUAGUCAUUCAGGCAGCUUUUAGAGGACUCUCUGCCAGGAGACGAUUAGAGGAAAUGCACAAAGCGUCCAUUAUCAUACAAGCUGCAUUCCGAAUGCACCAGCAAAGGUCUGCAUUCAACAGACAGUCCUGGGCGGCCAGGGUUCUCCAGCAGAGGUUCAGAGCUUUGAAACUCCGAGACGAGCAAGUGCAGAGAUACCAACAGGUGAGGAAUGCCGUAAUAUGCCUACAGAAGUCUUUCAGAGGCAUGAAAGGAAGAGAAUGUGCCAGACGAACAAAAGCUGUAAGAACCAUCCAGUCCUACCUGAGGAUGUCUGUCCAACGACAGCGUUUCCUGAAAGAAAAGGCUGCAGCAAUUGUGAUUCAGUCUGUGUACAGAGGUCACCGCACCAGAGUUUCGCAUGCUAAGAUGCAAGAAAGUGCAGUGCUUAUCCAGAAUUGGUAUAGAUCGCUUAAACUCAUCCUGAAAGAACGGAAUGGAUUUGUAGCUCUUCGGCAAGCUACGCUCACCUUGCAAUCUGCCUUGCGUGGAAUGCUGGCGAGGAGGCUUGCAAAACGGAGGCGCGCUGCAAUCAAGAUUCAGUCUGUGUUGUGCAUGCAUGUACACCGCAAGCACUACAUGACACUUCGCUCAAGUGUUGUGAAGCUGCAAGCACAUUACAGAAUGUUUGCGGCCCAAAAAAGAUACCACAGAUGGCAGGCUGCAGCUGUUACUCUGCAGAAGCAUUACAGAGCUCAUAGGGCAACAAUAGAGCAGAGAUGCCGUUACCUGAAGAAAAUCCAAAGCAUAAAGAUCCUACAGGCCAGAGUGCGUGGAAGCAUUGAGUACAGAAGAUUUCAAAGAUUGAGGACAAGUGCCAUCAUAAUUCAGGCACAGUAUCGAGGAGUGAUUGAGAGACGCAAGUUUCAGCAACUGAAGGAAUCUGUUUGCGUUAUACAGAAGCAUUAUAGAGCUUUCCAAAUCUGUCAGAGAGAGCGUGCACAGUUCCUACAACUGCGAAGGUCUUCUGUUUUGAUACAAACAGCAUUUCGUGCUUAUCAAACAAGACAACAUGCUGUGCAAACACAAGCUGCCUGGAAAAUUCAGGCCUGGUUCAGAGGACGCCAAGCUAGGCAAAGGUACAUAUUAAAACAGGCUGCUAUUGCAACCAUUAGACGAUGUAUUCAAACAAGACACCAACGUUCAAGAUUUCAAGCCAUUCAGCACAGUGUCCGGAUCAUUCAACAAAGAUGGAGGGAAACUCUGAUCGCCAGGAAACUGCGAGCUGACUUCAUGACGUAUAGAAAGUCUGUUAUAUGUAUCCAGGCAUUAUGGAGAGGCUCAAGGGUUAGAUAUUCCAUUCAAAAGCAAAUAAAAGCUGCUGUGAAGAUACAAUCAGCCUUCAGAGGUUUAACCCAAAGACUACACUAUAAACAGCAGAGAGCCUCUGCCAUAAUUCUACAGCGGCAUUUCCGAGCCUUGCAGCUAGCCAGAGUCGAGAAAGAGAAUCUAAGACGACGAUGGAAUGCUGCUGUUUAUCUGCAGUCUUUAUGUCGUGGUUGGCUCACAAGGAAACGGAUAAAAGAAACGGUUUGUGCUGCAAGACGUCAUCAUUUCACUGCUGCUGUUUACCAUCAUCUCUGCGCAAUAAAGAUUCAGAGAGCCGUUCGUGCACACUGGGCUCUUAAAUCAGCCAAGAGGCAGAUCUCUUUGGUCCUUUACAUCCAGCAAUGUUUUAGAGCAAAGCUGCAGAGACAGAGAUAUCUUAAAGACAGACAGGAUAUCAUCACAGUCCAGAGAAAAGUGAGAACUUGGUUACAUUGUCGCAACCAAGCUGCCACUACUAUCCAACAUGCAGUCAAGAGGUUUCUUCUGAGAUGUCGCAUGGAGAGGCUGCAGCAAGGAAUAAUAAAGGCGCAGGCACUCUGGCGGGGACACUGUUCAAGAAAGCUUAAUGACUCAAGCAAAGUCGCCUCUAUCAGGCAACGUUUCAGGGAAGUAAAUCGGAUGGUUAAGGAAGAAGACAAGCUGUGUAACAAGACCACAACUGCACUGAGUUACCUGCUUGGAUACCAAAAUUAUGCAUACAUUCUUGCAGCCUUAAAACAUUUAGAAACAGCCACCAGACUUUCACCAGAAUGCUGUGAACGACUUGUUGAAAGUGGAGCCACGCACACGGUCUUCACUUUGAUAAGGAGCUGCAACCGAAGUGUGCCUUCAAUGGAGAUCAUCACCUUAUCCAUCCAAAUCCUUCUCAACUUGUCAAAAUACAACAGAACCAUUGAUGCCGUCUAUGAUGUGAACGGCUCUGUAGAAACUCUACUGGAUCUCCUGCAGAUCUACAGGGAGAAGGCUGGCGAUAAAGUUGCAGAUAAAGGGGGCAGCAUCUUUACCAAGGCUUGUUUUCUCUUGGUUCUGUUGGUCCAGGAUGAAAGGAGAGCAAUGGAGGUGCGAAAGCAGCCCAAGACUUCAGAUCGCAUUCGCAGCAUCUAUCGGCUCACGCUUCGAAAAUGCAAGAUGGACGCAGAGAGGUCCAGGGUCAAGCAGAAAAUGAAUGCCACUCUCAAUGGAAGUUUCCUUCAAGCCACCCCUCGCAAAUCAAAACCAAUGGCCAGAUUUGCUCCAGACUGGGUUCUGCGGCGUGACAAAAUGAAGGACAUCGUGGACCCUCUUCGUGCUAUUCAGAUGCUUGCUAACGCUCUUGCUCUAGUGCCUUGAAAAUAUUUGCAGCAAAUAAAAUAAUGAACCUGUGUGCUUCAAAGUGUAAAAAAGUGUUGGAUUUUAGCUCCAAUUUUGUGUAGCCAGUUUGCCUUGUACAUAUGUAACAUUUUUAUAAUGUGUAAAAUUUUAUCUCCUUUUUUUUGUUGGGGAGGGUUUUAUUGGUGCAUUUAUAUAUAUAUAUAUAUAUA